UGUUUAACCAAGAACAGGGGGAAUUCGAGAAGUUCUGGAAACUAGAACAUACAUCGACAUCGCUAUUUCGAUUUGCAACCAUGAGAAGAGUCAACGGACUCGCUACCGUCGGCAGAGCCUUAACCUGUGGCGGCGCCGUUGAGAAACGGCUGGCUCAAGCGGCGUUGAUGAGUACAUGCUCUUCUUCAUCGUUAAAUUCUCAUAUUUUCUCGCAGAAACUCGCUGAUCGAUUAGGGCUGUCGCGUCCUUCCCUCGUGCGCAGGGUUGCGGGGACCAUGUUGUUUUCUGUGGCAGCAUCGUCUUUGGCUCAAGAUGCUCUUGCUAAGGAGAAGCCUCGCUCUGAAAAGUUCCUCCCCAAGGAAGUCGUUCUCUACCAGUAUGAAGCUUGCCCUUUUUGUAACAAGGUUAAAGCAUUUUUGGAUUAUUAUAACAUUCCAUAUAAAAUUGUGGAAGUCAAUCCCAUCAGCAAAAAGGAGAUAAAGUGGUCUGAUUAUAAGAAGGUGCCUAUACUUAAAGUUGACGGUGAACAGAUGGUUGAUUCUUCUGAUAUAAUUGAUAAGCUUUUUCAUAGGAUCAACCCCGAUAGCUCCAUUCCUGAUGGUGAAGAGAAGAAAUGGCGUGAGUGGGUGGAUAAUCACUUGGUGCAUGUUUUAUCACCAAAUAUAUAUCGAAGUACUUCUGAGGCACUUGAAUCAUUUGAUUAUAUCACCACUCAUGGCAAUUUCAGUUUCACAGAGAGGUUGGUAGCAAAGUAUGCUGGGGCAGCAGCUAUGUAUUUUGUCUCAAAGAAACUGAAGAAGAAGCACAACAUUACUGAUGAGAGAGCAGCCUUGUAUGAAGCUGCUGAAACGUGGGUGGAUGCUUUGGACGGCCGGCAUUAUCUUGCAGGUGGUUCAAAACCCAAUUUGGCUGACCUUGCUGUUUUUGGUGUUCUAAGGCCUAUCCGAUAUCUAACAUCCGGUAAAGAUAUGGUGGAACAUACACGUAUCGGUGAAUGGUAUGGUCGGAUGGAAAAUGCUGUGGGAGAGUCUGCUAGAAUUAAGGAGUAAGAGAACAAUUUUGGGUGCUGGAAUAGAAGUCCCAGCACAAUCAACCCAAAUUUGUGAGUAGAGUGUUUGAAAAUAAUAAUGCUAGAAAGUGAAACCUCCCAUUGCAUAGGCAAGAGUGUGACUCGGCUUAAGAUUACUUCUAUAUUAUUAAAAAAUUGGUGCUGUAUGGUUAAUUUUACAGUUCUCAUAAACACCUCUAACUAAAAACCAGAAUUUCCUACUGUAGUUCAUGUUAGUACCUCUUAUCUAUCCUGUUAUUUUGCGUACUUAUGUGGCUUUUUGGUGGUGACUGGUGAAGCAUCAAAUAAAAUGCGAGCGUUUUACCCUA